AUGAGAAGCAGAGUCAGGGAACAAUUUUGGGAGAGUAUCCCGCGCUGGAUCAAGAGCACACCAGCAGUGCCAAGGGAUUGGGAUACGAAGUUGCAGGUACUUGAGGGCCAUUCCGGCGAGGUCACAGCAGUCGCAUUCUCGCCCGAUGGCAAGACUCUUGCAUCGGCAUCAAGUGACAGUACCGUCCGGCUCUGGGAUGCAACGACAGGAAAAUUUCGUGGCCAUUCCGGCGAGGUCAGAGCAGUCGCAUUCUCGCCUGAUGGCAAGACUCUUGCAUCGGCAUCAAGUGACAGUACCGUCCGGCUCUGGGAUGCAACGACAGGAAAAUUUCGUGGCCAUUCCGGCGAGGUCAGAGCAGUCGCAUUCUCGCCUGAUGGCAAGACUCUUGCAUCGGCAUCAUGUGGCGGUAUCGUCCGGCUCUGGGAUGUAACGACAGGAAAAUUUCGUGUCACUUUUGAGGGCCAUUCCAGCGUGGUCAGAGCAGUCGCAUUCCCGCCUGAUAGCAAGAUCCUUGAAUGUGAAUAUUUCCUCGGACGUUUUUCGUUUUUGGAUGUUGAGGUGGGAAAUAUAAAGUUAUCGGACACAACGGAUGCCUUCCAGUUUUCCUAUACGGCAAAUACAGGAAUCCCGCAGAGCAGACAUCCCGUUGGCCCAAACCACCAAACCUUCACUAGCUUGCCGUUGAUGCUUCACGUAAGUGAUAAUUGGAUAUACUUCGGAGGGCAAAGGUUUUUUUUGCUUCCGCACGAUUAUCGGGCCGCAAUCUUCUCUGUCCAAAGCAACACUGUUGCUCUUGCAUCUAACUCUGGUCGGGUUUGUUUUUUUCAAUUUCAUCUCGAUUUGAUUCCAUGCUGA